GCUAAAUAGCCCACCCAUUUUCACCUACCUCAUCCCCACAGAUUUUAUUUAUUUACUUUUCUGCUCUUUUGCACACCAACAUCUCUACCUGUACAUGAUCAUCUGAUCAUUUAUCACUCCAGUGUUAAUCUGCAAUAUUGUAAUUAUUUGCCAACCUCCUCAUGCCUUUUGCACACAUUGUAUAUAGACUCCCCUUUUUUUCUACUGUUAUUGACUUGUUAAUUGUUUACUCCAUGUGUAACUCUGUGUUGUCUGUUCACACUGCUAUGCUUUAUCUUGGCCAGGUCGCAGUUGCAAAUGAGAACUUGUUCUCAAAUAGCCUACCUGGUUAAAUAAAGGUGAAAUAAAACAAAUAAAAAUAAAAUAGUUUCAAACAAGAUAUUUCAUGGCUAAUUGAGGUAAAAUAGUCAUUCUGAUCAUGCAGAUUCUGCAUGUAUGAACUACACAUUGACACAUCCAGCCCAAAGCGGGAGGAUUAAAAAAUACUUUUCUAUUCACAAACAUUUCCAGAGCAUGUCUUUAAGUUUUGGGAUAGGGUUCAAACAGAACAUGUUUAAAUGACUUCUGUGGUAUAAAUGACUUGCAUUAUGUUUGAUCAUUGAUAAUCAGUUCGAUAUAAAAAAAUAUGUAUUACAGUCAUGUGAAAACCCCCUGGAAAGUAGUAUUUCUAUUUGGACAGAUGAAUAUGUAACCUUCACUUCAACACUUGACGGAUAAAGGUACUUAUACUUUGCAAUAAUUUAACUUGCUGAUGUGUAGCACCCUGUUUUGUAGCACCCUGUUUUGUACAGUUCAGGAGAACUAAGAGAACUGAUAUUAUGCAGAAUAUGAUGGAGACCUCAAAUCUAGGAGGAAACUGACUACAAACCUUUCUCUCAGCCUCAUGGCAAAAUGUGUAGAAUAGCAUGUAAUUAGUUAAUGUGAUCAUGUGUUGAGUGAUUGAAUUUACCUGUGUUAUCCUGUUAUUGCAUUAGGGUGUGUAUUUACUCCAUGUUAGUGAGUUAGUGUAAUGUGUAUGAUGCCAGGGCUGUAGGUUUAAGUGUAAUUUUUAAACAGUAUACACUGAGUGUACAAAACAUUAAGAACACCUUUCUAAUAUUGAGUUGCAUCCCCCCCUUUUGCCAGCCUCAAUUCAUCUGGGCAUGGACUCUACAAGUUGUCGAAAGCAUUCCACAGGGAUCCUGGCCCAUGUUGACUCCAAUGCAGUUGUGUCAAGUUGGCUGGAUGUCCUUUGGGUGGUGGACCAUUCUUGAUGCAAAUGGGAAACAUUUGAGCGUUAAAGAAAACAGCAGCAUUGCAGUUCUUGACACAAGCCGGUGUGCCUGGCACCUACUACCAUAGCACGUUCAAAGGAAUUUAAAUGUUUUGUCUUGCCCAUUCACCCUCAAUGGCACACACACUAUCUAUGCCUCAAUUGUUUUAAGGCUUAAAAAUCCUUCUUUAAUCUGUCUUCUCCCCUUCAUCUACAGUGAUUUAAUGUGGAUUUAACAAGUGAACUCAGUAAGGGAUCAUAGCUUUUACCUGGGUUCACCUGAUCAGUCUAUGUCAUGUAAAGAGAAGAUGGUCUUAAUGUUUUGUACACACAGUGUAUAUAAGUAUAGGAGAAACAGGAGCUAAGAAUCACACAUGACCAGAGAAGCUCACCAUGAAAUGUCCCAAAUUCCAAACCAACACCUAGCUCCCACCCCUAGACACCUCUUAAUACCAACUGUGAGGAGUUCCCUUCUCUGAAGUCCCCUUCAAUACCAUUGACCCAUAAAAGCCACGUAUUUUACGAGUCUAGGGAGGGAGACAAUAUUUCCUGCCUCAGGAAGGUACAGUAAGUGACAUCACUGCACAAUGCUAAUUUAAGCCCUAUUCUUACAGGACUAGUAUUACUAAAGAAUUUUGGUUAUGUCAUUUAAUAUUUAAAAAAUAAAAUAAUAAUUCACCUUUUAUUUAACCAGGUAGGCCAGUUGAGAAGUUCUCAUUUACAACUGCGACCUGGCCAAGAUAAAGUAAAGUAGUGCGACAAAAACAACAACAGAGUUACACAUGGGAUAAAUUAACAUACAGUCAAUAAUGCAAUAGAAAAAUCAGUAUACAUUGUGUGCAAAUGAAAUAAGGAGGUAAAGCAAUAAAUAGGCCACAGUGGCGACGUAAUUACAAUUCAAAAUGUAAAACACUGGAGUGAUAUGUGCAGAUGAGGAUGUGCAACUAGAAAUACUGGUGUGCAAAAGAGCAGAAAAACAAAUAUAAGGGAUGAGGUAGGUAGUUGGUUGGAUGGGCUAUUUACAGAUGGACUGUGUACAGCUGCAGCGAUCGGUAAGCUGCUCUGACAGCUGACACUUGAAGUUAGCGAGGGAGAUAUAAGUCUCCAACUUGAGUGAUUUUUUUUUGCAAUUCGUUCCAGUCAUUGGCAGCAGAGAACUGGAAGGAAAGGCGGCCAAAAGAGGUGUUGGCUUUGACCAGUGAAAUAUACCUACUGGAGCAUGUGCUGCCAGUGGGUGUUGCUAUGGUGACCGGUGAGCUGAGAUAAGGCGGAGCUUUACCUAGCAAAGACUUAUAGAUUACCUGGAGCCAGUGGGUUUGGCGACGAAUAUGUAGCGAGGACCAGCCAACAAGAGCGUACAGGUCACGGGGGUGGGUAGUAUAUGGGGCUUUGGUGACAAAACGGAUGGCACUGUGAUAGACCGCAUCCAAUUUGCUGAGUAAAGUGUUGGAGGCUAUUUUGUAAAUGACAUCGCCGAAGUCGAGGAUCGGUAGGGUAGUCAGUUUUACGAGGGUAUGUUUGGCAGCAUGAGUGAAGGAGACUUUGUUGCGAAAUAGGAAGCAGAUUCUAGAUUUAAUAUUGGAUUAGAGAUGCUUAAUAUGAGUCUGGAAGGAGAGUUUACAGUCUAGCCAGACAACUAGGUAUUUAUAGUUUUCCACAUAUUCUAAGUCAGAACUGUCCAGAGUAGUGAUGCUAGUCAGGCGUGCGGGCGGGGACAGCAAUCGGUUGAAGAGCAUGCAUUUAGUUUUACUAGCAUUUAAGAGCAGUUGAAGGCUAUGGAAGGAGUGUUGUAUGGCAUUGAAGCUCGUCUGGAGGUUUGUUAGCACAGUGUCCAAAGAAGGCCAGAUGUAUACAGAAUGGUGUCAUCUGCGUAGAGGUGGAUCAAAGAGUCACCCACAGCAAGAGCGACAUCAUUGAUGUAUACAGAGAAAAGAGUCAGCCCGAGAAUUGAACCCUGUGGCACCCCCAUAGAGACUGCCAGAGGUCCGGACAACAGGCCCUCCGAUUUGACACACGGGGGGGGGGGCAGUUGCUGCGGCGGGUGCACAGCCAGGUGGAAAGCUAUAGAGAAAUGCUUUUUGAAAUUAUCGUGGAUUUAUCGGUGGUGACAGUGUUUCCUAGUCUCAGUGCAGUGGGCAGAUGGGAUGAGGUGCUCUUAUUCUCCAUGGACUUUACAGUGUCUCAGAACCUUUUUGGAAUUCGUGCUGCAGGAUGCAAAUUUCUGUUAGGAAAGCAAAGGCUAGCUUUUUCAAACUUGACUGUGUAUAUUGGUUCCUGACUUCCCUGAAAAGUUCCAUAUCGCGGGGACUAUUCGAUGCUAGUGCAGUAUGCCACAGGAUGUUUUUGUGCUUGUCAAUGGCAGUCAAGUCUGGAGUGAACCAAGGGCUAUAUCUGUUCUUAGUUCUACAUUUUUUGAAUGGGGCAUGCUUAUUUAAGAUGGUGAGGAAAGCACAUGUUUUUCAAAUAACCAGGCAUCCUCUAAUGAGGAGGUGAGGUCAAUAUCCUUCCAGGAUACCCGGGCCAGGUCGAUUAGGAAGGCCUGCUCGCAGAAGUGUUUUAGGGACCGUUUGACAGUGAUGAGGGGUGGUCGUUUGACCACGGACCCAUAACGGACACUGUCAAUGAGGCAGUGAUCGCCGAGAUCCUGGUUGAAAACAGCAGAGGUGUAUUUGGAGGGCAAGUAGGUCAGGGUGAUAUCUAUGAGGGUGCCCAUGUUUACGGAUUUGGGGUUGUACCUGGUAGGUUCCUUGAUCAUUUGUGUGAGAUUGAGGGCAUCUAGCUUUGAUUAUAGGAUGGCCGGGGUGUUAAUCAUAUCCCAAUUUAGGUCACCUAGCAGCAUGAACUCUGACGAUAGAUGGGGGGCAGUCAAUUCACAUAUGGUGUCCAGGGCACAGCUGGGAGCUUAGGGGGGUCUAUAACAAGUGGCAACAAUGAGGGACUUAUUUCUGGAGAGAUGGAUUUUUAGAAUUAGAAGCUCGAACUGUUUGGACAUAAACCUGGAUAGUAUUACAGAACUCAGCAGGCUCUCUACAGAAGAUUGCAGUUCUAUCUUGACGGGAAAUGUUGUAAUUGGGGAUAGAAAUUUCAGAAAUGUUGGUGGCCUUCUUAAACUAGGAUUCAUACACAGCUUGGACAUCAGGGUUGGCGGAGUGUGCUAAAGCAGUGAAUAAAGCAAAUUUAGGGAGGAGGCUUCUGAUGUUAAAUCUGCAGUAGAAGAUGUCCUAAAAGCCCUCCAGCCUUCAGAUUUGAGCUAAACAGUGCACUUGAUAUGCAUUUUUAAGCUAUGAAGGAGCAAGUGAAGUUUUAAUUUCCAAACCUUUAGCUCAAUUUUAUGCUGCUUUGCGAUCUAUUAACAGCAAGGGCUCAAUAAAUAAAUAUUUUUUAUGAUACAUUUGCCUAUGUUCAAUUCAAUCGCACAUAUCAUAUAAACAAAAUCAUUCACCGUGGCCCUUCAUAUUGUUGUAAGUGGAGAUCCCACCUACAUAGUUAUUGUAUGACUGAUGGCUUACCAGCCAAUCACAUGAGAGUUAUUCGGUUAUAUUUGUUGGGCUCUGUUUUAAGUGUCGGAUUUUGACUUGACAUAUUGCCCCAGAACAGAGUCAAGCUUGUUCUGGACAACUAACGGUAAUCGGAAACGACUAUAAACUCAGAGACAUUAUUGUGCCGUCCAGCUACAAGUUUAUUGACUGUUUAUAUAAGUAAACAGACAUUAGACUCCCCUCAAUUGGUGUAGCUAGCCAGCACGAAACCAACGUCCCUAUCUCUCUAUGGCUGAUGAUCAUCACAUUGCCAUGACAAAACUGUAAAAACAACUGAAGCCAGAUGUCACACCCUGAUCUGUUUCACCUGUCUUUGUGAUUGUCUCCACCCCCUCCAGGUGUCGCCCAUUUUGCCCAAUAUCACCUGUGUAUUUAUACCUGGACUCUCUGUUCGUAGGUUGCCAGUUCUUCUUGUUUGUUCAAGUCAACCAGCGUUUUGUGUCUCAGCUCCUGUUUUUUUCCCGUCUCUCUUUUCUCACCCUCCUGGUUUUGACCCUUGCCUGUCCUGACACCGAGCCCGCCUGCCUAACCACUCUGCCUGCCCCUGAGCCUGCCUGCUGACCUGUACCUUUGCCCCCCUCUGGAUCCACCCGGCACAGCCAGAAGAGGACUGGCCAUCCCACAUAGCCUGGUUCCUCUCUAGGUUUCUUCCUAGGUUUUGGCCUUUCUAGGGAGUUUUUCCUAGCCACCGUGCUUCUACACCUGCAUUGCUUGCUGUUUGGGGUUUUAGACUGGGUUUCUGUACAGCACUUUGAGAUAUCAGCUGAUGUACGAAGGGCUAUAUAAAUACAUUUGAUUUGAUUUGAUUACCACCCUCUGCCUUACCCUGAUCCUGAUCCAAAGAUUUUGGCUCCCUCAUCAGUUUGACCAUCCGCAUUGAUUCGUGAUUGUGGGAACAACGGAUGGAGAGGAAAUUCGAUUUCACUAGCACGUCCAGGGAUUCCACCUCGCCUCCGAGUCAUCCAGGAAGUCCCCGACGGUCCCAUGACCGAGAGCACCCGAGAUUUCCUGACCUUCCUUGAGAGUCCCCGAGGAUGGCCAAGGCACUGUUUCCCAAGCCCAGGCAAAUAGGCAGGGCUGGGCUGUCGCCAGCGGAACGGCAACACCGGAUCAGAACAAGGAGCUGUCUGUAUUGCGGGACUUUUGGUAAUUUUGUGUCCUCGUGCCUGGAAAAAGACCAGGCUCACCGAUAAGAGCGAGUACUCUGGUGGCCAUAUGGGGAACUUUUUUCCUUCCCUUACUCGCACCAUUUUUCAUGUGAUUCUGCUGUGGGGAAACCAGUCCAAAUCUCUCCGGGUCCUCAUUGACUGGGGCCGAUGAGAGCUUUUUGAAUGCCAUGCUGGCUUCCGAGCUGAACAUCCCCACUCAGCCCCUCUCCAUUCUCGUGGAUAUUAGAGUGUUGGUUGGACACUCUAUAAGUAGGGGCCCCCCCAUUCUGAUGGCAACACCGCCAUCUUGACCGUGGCGGAUCGCUUUUCCAAGGCCGUCCACUUCAUUCCUUUCCCCAAGUUACCCUCUGCCAAGGAGACGUGCUGCACCAUGAGCUGGGCCGUCUUCCGGGCCCAUGGGCAUGGUCUCCGAAUGCGGCCCUCAGUUCUCAUCCCGGUUCUGGAAGGCGUUCUACACCCUCAUUUGGGCCAUCGGCCAGCCUGUCUUCCGGGUUCUACCGCCAGUCUAACAGCCAGUCGGAGCGAGCCAACCAGGACCUCAAGACCACCCUGUGCUGCCUGUUCUCCUCCAGUCCCACCACCUGGAGCCAGCAGCUGGUGUGGGUGGAAUAUGCCUGCAUCACCCUUCCCUGCUCUGCCAUGGGCCUAUCACCGUUUGAGUGUUCCCUGGGGUAUCAGCCCCCGCUCUUCCCUGAGCAAGAGGAAGUCGGCAUACCUUCUGCCCAGAUGUUUGUCCGCCUUUGUCAUCGUACAUGGAGGAAAGCCCGGUCGGCACUCCUCAAGACCACCUCCAGGUAUCGACGACAAGUGGAUUUCCAUCGGACCCCAGCUCCCCAGUAUUGUCUCGGGCAGAAGAAAUGGCUAUCCACCCGGGAUCUGCCCCUCCGGGUGGAAAUCCCGCACACUGUCCCCCCGGUUUAUCGGCCCGUUCCCCAUUCCCAAGUUCAUUAGCCCCUCUGCUGUUCGUCUUCUGUUGCCCGGUACCCUUCGUAUACAUCUCACCUUUCAUGUGUCCAGAGUCAAACACAUAUCUCACAGCCCUUUGUCUCCCCUUUCCAAGCCCACUACUCUCCCCCGUCUCAUCAACGGCCAACUGGCUUACACAGUGAGGAGUCUACUGAAGGUUCGACCUCGGGGCAGGGGAUUCUAUUACCUGGUUGACUGGGAAGGUUAUGUCCCGGAGGAGAGGUCCUGGGUUCCGCCAGGAACAUCCUGGACCCAGGCCUCAUUGCGAACUUUCAGCACUGACACCCCGGUCAACCAGGUAUGCGCCCAGGUAGGACACCAGGUGGCGCCCCUAGAGAGGGGGUACUGUCACACCCUGAUCUGUUUCGCCUGUUUUUGUCAUUGCAUUCACCCCCCUCCAGGUGUCGCCCAUUUUCCCCAUUAUCCACUGUGUGUUUAUACUUGUGCUCUCUGUUCGUCUGUUGCCAGUUCGUCUUGUUUGUUCAAGUCAAUCAGCAUUUUGUGUCUCAGCUCCUGUUUUUACCAGUCUCUCUUUUCUCACCCUCCUGGUUUUGACCCUUGCCUGUCCUGACUCCGAGCCCGCAUGCCUGACCACUCUGCCUGCCCCUGAGCCUGCCUGCCAACCUGUACCUGUGCCCACCCUCUGGAUUACCGACCUCUGCCUUACCCUGACUCUGAGCCUGCCUUCUACCCGUUCUUACCUUCAUACCUGAUCAGAUGUUGCAUCUUGAGGAGGACCAUUUCAACUUUGGAAAGUGAUACACUGUGGCAGGACGCUGUCAGUGCAUGGAGCCAGUGCAUCAGGAUACAGAUUGAGAUAUAGUUUUUCCUUUUCUAGCUCAGAAUAUACAGUAUUUUUCAUAAUCACAGUGUAAUCUUAAAGGCAUGUGCUGUUCUCCCACUUUGCGGCAGCUAAGUGACAAAUCAGAGAAGAGAUGUGACCAACUGGAGAAGAGAAUCGACAGGAAGAUAGACGUCAUCCUAAGCUCAUGUGAGUCUGCUCCGCUCUGCUCACUUAUCAUGGUUCUGCAUCUGGUCUCUUUUUCAAUGGGGCCCCAUCAAACACAUCACCCUUUGCAGCAGAACUUCAUGUCAUUGACCAGUAUGCCAGUCAGACCGAGGGAAACUGGUUGUAGGCUUGUAUAGAAUUCUCCCAUGGCCUUCGAACAUGACAUAUCUGGACACACCCAUGAAACUGCCAAUAGGCCCACGUCCAGAUCUUCCGUGGCCAGUCAUCCGGUAGGGGAAGGAAACACAGAGGAGAGGCACAGGCCCAUGCACAGCACCCCCAUGAGUACUGACUUUAAUAAGGAGGGCUGCUUCUAUGAAGGUGAUGGCCUGAAGACCAAGUUGGCUAUGUUUGAAGGGAAGGAGGAUUGGGGGUCAUUCAUGAUUCCUUUUUCAUGUCUAGCACGGAAAUACUACUGGAACUCAGAGAUACUUGACUGGAUGCACGAGUGCCUGAGGGGUCAUUCCAUCUUUUUUGUGUGCUCCCUCCCACAGUACGUUAGGGAGGACAACGACCAGCUGGUCACGCACCUGCAGACCAGGUUUGGUCAGAAGGAACCACCCAUGACUGUGAGGAGGAAACUGGGGGAGAUUAGGCAGGGUAUGGAAACAUCUGCUGAGUUUGCAGAGGAGGUCAAUUGCCUGGUUUCUCUUGCCUAUCCUGGGGUUAGCUUGGUGCCUCAGGAUCAGCUUGCCACUGACGCUUUCCUUAAUGGACUCAAAAAACAAAAGGUGGCAUACAAGGUGAUAAACUGUGACCCUGGCUCAAGCACAGCAACUCGUGGAGGUGCACGAGCACAACUUAAAGGCAACUGUUGGUCGUGACAGCAAAUCAAGGCACAGGGCUCGAAGCCUAUCGUGGUCUGACUCAGACGAACAACCAGUGACACACAUGGUUCAAGGGCCCACAUAAGUUUGAGUCUCUACUGGAAGAAAUUAAACCGUUACGGGUGGAGCCGAGAAGCCUUGAACAACCCCCUGCACCCCCUAAGUUUGUCAUAUCCGGCCCCAUCAGCUACCUAGAGCUGUCUACUGAGCGGGGGAGAAGGAGGUCCGGCCAAGGCGGAGUCACGUUCCAGUCCCCAAGCCCAAACAAAGGUGCCAAAACCACCUGCUUCCAGUGUCGGUAGGGGCAUUUCAGAAGACAAUGCUCAAGGUCUCCUAGCCCCACCCCAUCCAGAACUCUAGACAGACGCCCAACUCCAGACCUCACCACCAUGAACAAGUCCCGAGAAUAGGGCGAGCUGCUAGCCGAGGCCCAAGCCUUCAGAUCCCAGUCUAAGUUAAUGGGGUUGAUCAAUUUGCACGCUGGGUUGAGGCCUACCGACUCCCAGACCAAGGUACAGAGAGCACAGCAAAAGCCCUGGUCAUGGAGUUCAUUGCUCGCUUUGGUAGUCCCCUCGAACUCCACACAGAUCAAGGAAUACAUUUCCAAAGCUUUCUGUUCUAGGAAGUGUGCCGCCUACUACAGAUUAAAAAAACAAGUACCACACCUUACCAUCCAUCCUCAAAUGGUAGAGCGGUUUAAUCGCACGCUCUUGUAGAUGAACUGCCUCUAUGUUGAUGAGAAUCAAAAGAACUUGGACCAGCACUUACCCCUACUCAGUACUGCCUACUGCAGCGUCCCACACUCCACAAUGGGGUUCACACCCAACAGAAUGAUGCUGGGCAGAGCUAUAUCAACCGCAGGACAUCUGGCUUUGCACAGCAGAACUGCAAAACAAACAGAGACAUACCUGCCUUUGUGCAUCUUCGCGCAGCACAGGUCCGGCAGAAGAAAGCACAUGACCUACGUGCUAUGGAGUGAACCUACCAACUGGGAGACUUGGUGUACAUGCGGGACAGCACCAAAAAAUAAGGACUAUGCCCUAAGCUAAAAUCACCAUAGGAAAGGCCCCUUUGUCAUCGGUGCAUGUUUUGGACCUGUCCUGUACGAAAUCAGUGGUCUACGAGGAAAGAAGGUCCUCCAACAUGACCACCUGUCUCCAUACACUGGGGAGGUGGUCCCAGGACGGAUGAAACGACUCAGACAUCAGGUCACCAUACAACACCGGAGUACCUCAACUGAACCCACACAAAGCCUAGACACCCCUGACAACCAAGACCCUAUUUCCACAGCUGUGGAACAGAGUGAAAAUGACUGUGGAGAAAAGAAAAAGAAAAGCUCUGACCGGCUGCACGCAGUCGCUGCGUGCUGAAGAAAACACCAUCAGCCAAGAAUAAAACACAGAGGGCGAGUAGUCCACUUGUUAUCAGGACUGACACAUUGGGAAAAAAACAAGCAAACAAGCCAAUAUUGACUCUAGUUACUGAUGUUUUUUCAGUGAAAGGGAACUGUUACUGUCAUCCUGAAAAGUGAAGUUGUGAAAAGGACAUUAACACUCACCUUUAGUUACUGAACAAGGUAGUCACUUGUUCAGUAAAAAAAAGAGAGAAAAGAGAUACUUACCUUGUUUGCUGUUACUACUGAUGACACUCAAAUGUUUGAAAUGCAUUUAACUUUGCAUUUAACUUUUACCAGUAUGUUUGUUCAUAGUGGGGAAAAUGGUUAGUUAUUGUGAGUGCCCAAGGGACUCGGCACUGCUGGAGGGGGGUGGUGUUGUAAGUGAAGAUCCCGCCUACAUAGUUAUUGUAUGAGUGUUGGCUUACCAGCCAAUCAUGUGAGAGUUAUUCAGCUAUAUUUGUUGCGCACCGGUUUAAGUGUCUUGACAUAUUUCCCCAUCAUGGAACCAAGCUAGUUCUUGUGUUGGAGCUAGUUGGUCUAGUGCAUUAUAUUAUUUACAAGUUGGUAAUAAAACGGCCAAAGAGAGAAUGUUGUUGUGGCCUUCUUUCCACGCCUCCAAACAACGAGUAGUUGACAGGGGUCCAGGAUCAUUGAUCGAACUACAGUACAGUAGCUAGCUACCAUUAGCUAACAACUGUGGUAAUGCAACAGGAGACGGCUGAUCAACUCCACGUAGGACAUACAACAAUAUAUAGGCUAUGCUCAGAACAUUCAAUUUAUCGAAUCAGUUAUUGUUUUCGUGCUCAAACUGUGACCAACACCUGUCAAACUCAGACAUUUUUCUCAAAACACAGGGAUGUAGAUUCGCACGGGACUAGUAUUAAUGGCGCCGGAGGAGAUGACUGCCGUUUUAUGGUCCCCUAACCAAUUGUGCUAUUGUGUGUGUUUUUUUCCACAGUAUUUGUAACUGAUUUUGUACAUGAUGUUUCUGCCACCGUCUUUAAUAACCGAAAAGAGCUUUGAGAUAUCAGGAGAGCGAUUACUCACCGCGUACUGGAAGAUUUUUUAUUUUAGGAGUUGGCCACAAAGUAUUUUCUUCACACACCCGAAAAGGCCCUCAUCCCCGUCAUUCGCAGGAGAAAGAGACUGAGAUAUCGGGGACAUAGGUCAGGGUGCCUUGUAAGGAUUUGAUGUCGAGUGGGUAAUCUGCCUUUAACCAUUGGUCCUAUUAGCCAACGUACAAUCAUUGGAUAAUAAAAUAGACAAACUACGAUCACAUAUAAUCCUACCAACAGGACAUAAAAAACUGUAAUAUCUUAUGUUUCACCGAGUCGUGGCUGAACGACGACAUGAAUAACAUACAGCUGGCGGGUUUUUAUUCUGUAUUGGCAGGAUAGAACAGCCGCCUCUGGUAAGACAAGGGAUGGCGGUCUAUGUAUAUUUGUAAACAACAGCUGGUGCACAACAUAUAAUGAAGGUUUUGCUCACCUGAGGUAGAGUAUCUCACGAUAAGCUGUAGACCCCACUAUUUACCAAGAGUUUAUCUAUAUUGUUCGUAGCUGUCUAUUUACCACCACAAACCGAUGCUGGCACUAAGACCACGCUCAAUGAGCUGUAGACGGCCAUAAGCAAACAGGAAAACGCUCAUCCAGAGGCAACGCUCCUAGUGGCCGGGGACUUUAAUGCAGGGAAGCUUAAAUCCAUUUUACCUCAUUUCUACCAGCAUGUUAAAUGUGAAACCAGAGGGGGAAAACUCUAAACUCUAGACCACACACAGAGAUGCGUACAAAGCUCUCCUUCACCCUCCAUUGGGCAAAUCUGACCAUAAUUCUAUCCUCCUGAUUCCUGCUUACAAGAAAAACUAAAGCAAGAAGCACCAGUGACACGUUCAAUAAAAAAAGUGGUCAGAUGAAGCAGAAGCUACAGGACUGAUUUGCUAGCACAGACUGGAAUUUGUUCCGGGAUUCUUCCGAUGGCAUCAGUCACUGGCUUCAUCAAUAAAUGCAUAAGAUGACGUCGUCCCCACAGUGACUGUACGUACAUACCCCAACCAGAAGCCAUGGAUUACAGGCUGGCGCUUUCAAUGAGCGGGACUCUAACCCCGAAGCUUAUAAGAAAUUCCGCUAUGCCUUCUGACGAACCACCAAUCAGGCAAAGCAUCAAUACAUGACUAAGAUUGAAUCGCACUCCACCGGCUCAGACGCUCGUCAGACCAGUAUCCCUUCUUUCUUUUCUCUCCAAAACUCUUGAACGUGCCGUCCUUGGCCAGCUCUCCCGCUAUCUCUCUCUGAAUGACCUUCUUGAUCCAAAUCAGUCAGGUUUCAAGACUAGUCAUUCAACUGAGACUGCUCUUCUCUGUAUCACGGAGGCGCUCCGCACCGCUAAAGCUAACUCUCUCUCCUCUGCUCUCAUCCUUCUAGACCUAUCGGCUGCCUUCGAUACUGUGAACCAUCAGAUCCUCCUCUCCACCCUCUCCGAGUUGGGCAUCUCCGGCGCGGCCCACGCUUGGAUUGCGUCCUACCUGACAGGUCGCUCCUACCAGGUGGCGUGGCGAGAAUCUGUCUCCUCACCACGCGCUCUCACCACUGGUGUCCCCCAGGGCUCUGUUCUAGGCCCUCUCCUAUUCUCGCUAUACACCAAGUCACUUGGCUCUGUCAUAACCUCACAUGGUCUCUCCUAUCAUUGCUAUGCAGACGACACACAAUUAAUCUUCUCCUUUCCCCCUUCUGAUGACCAGGUGGCGAAUCGCAUCUCUGCAUGUCUGGCAGACAUAUCAGUGUGGAUGACGGAUCACCAC